UGGACUUGCUGAAAGUCGAUUAUUUGUAUUGUGUUAUCUUUAUGACUGUGUUAUUUGAUCAAUUUAAUUUUAAUAGUAAUGUUAUCAAAUAGUUCAGUUGAAGAAUUUAGGUGAAGUGGUAUAUUAAAAAAUAUCAUUGGAAAAAUUCAACUCAUCAACUGUGGAUGUUUCUUCAAGGAGGUGAACUUUAUUAAAUUUAUUACUCAUAGGUUAGGUGUGGACAUUUGUAAACAUGGUUGAGAAAAGUUUUUUUACCUCUAUGUUAACAGAACUUUUUAUUGACGUACCUUAUUAUCAUCUAUUACUCGAGGUUGCCCUAUUUAUUUGGGUGAUAUUUUUGAUUUUUCGCAAAAGUACUCCUAGCCAAUCAGAGAUGAAAAGGUUAGGUUUGCUGUUGAAAGAAAGUGAAAAAGAACAACUGCUCAAUGAUUGGAAUCCAGAACCGUUGAUUGAUAAUGUCUCCAAAGAAAUUCAACCACGUGUUGAAAGAAUUGUAGAAGGUAAAGUUGGAAAACACAUAACUGUAAAUGGUCAAAACUGUCUUAACUUUGCCACACAAAAUUACAUAGGGUUCAUUGGCAAUGAAGCUAUAGAGGAAAAGGCGAUUCAAACAAUAUUUCAAUGUGGUGUCGGGAGUUGUGGUCCACGAGGAUUUUAUGGAACACAUGAAAUUCACUUGGAGCUUGAAGAUAAAUUAGCAAAAUUCAUGGACCUAGAAGAAGCAUUAGUCUACUCAUAUGGAUUCUCUGCAAUUUCCAGUGCAAUACCGGCCUACGCCAAAAGAGGUGACAUAAUUUUUGUCGACGAAGGAGUCAACUUCGCCGUUCAAAUGGGACUGGAAGCAUCACGGAGUGAAAUUAAGUACUUCAAGCACAAUGAUGUCAAAGAUCUGGAAAAGUUGUUGGAUGAACAAGCGGGACGUGAUCUACGAAAUCCAAAGAAAGCUGCUAAAACACGACGGUUUUUGGUUGUAGAAGGGAUCUACAUGAAGUUUGGAGAUAUAUGUCCGUUGCCUGAAUUGAUAGAACUACGUAAAAAGCACAAACUUCGUAUAUUCAUUGACGAGAGCAUAUCGUUUGGUACUCUAGGAAAGCAUGGAAGAGGAGUGACUGAAUAUUUCAACAUUCCAAAGAUUGAAGUCGACUUGAUUAUGGUGAGUAUGGAGAACUCGCUGGCAUCAGUAGGCGGCUUCUGUGUUGGAUCAUCCUACAUCAUAGAGCAUCAACGUCUCUCAGGUCUGGGAUAUUGCUUCUCUGCUUCACUGCCUCCGUUACUAGCAACUGCCGCAAUUGCAGCCAUAGAACACUUGGAAUCAGAUCCAUCGAUUCUAAAUGACCUUCAAGAAAAGUGUCACCAUCUACAGAAAGUCAUCACUGGAAAUGCAAAGGUCAGUGAAAUUUUCACGUUGAUGGCUCACCCUGAUAGUCCGGCCAAACACCUGCAUUUGAAGAACGCUUCAGACUUAUCCCUUGAGAAACAAAUAGCUAUCUUGGAAAAUAUUUCAAACUUCUCCAUCAAUCAUGGAUAUGCAAUUGUGCCAGCUUCAUAUCUAUACGAAAAAGAAAAGUGCAAACCUACUCCUAGUAUUCGACUAGCAGUGAAUGUUCAGAUGACCCUAGAGGAAAUUGAUAAACUGUGUUUGGUUUUAGAACAAGCUUGUUCUGAUUACAUACUGACAAAUAAUUCAUAAACUUUCAUCCUAUUUUCAAUAAGAAUUUAAACUUUUCAUCAACGUACAAAUUUAUAUUGUAAUUAUUAUUUUUCUGUGUGAUUGCACAUAGCACAAAGACAUUUAGUAAAUAUUGUAAAAAUAUAUUGAUUCCUCAGCCGUGUAUAAUUGUGACAAGAAAAUUUGAAGAAUAUAGAAAUAUCGUCUAUUAGAAAUAUCUA